AAAAAAUCAGCCAGAGUUGACGGGAAAAAAGCUGAAUCGGCAGCACUGGUCACACUGCCGGCGUCAUUGUUUUGGUUUCGUUUUGUUUGCAUUUCGUUAAAAUUUGAUUUUGUUCUCAUGAAAUGAAAUCAUGCUAUACUUUCUAGUCAAAGUCCUGGACUGCCUCGAUGAAGCCCUGCUCCGGCCACUGGCCUUUGUUAUAAAUGCAAUCGUUACCUGCGUGUCCUACUUUCUGUGGGGCAGCUAUUUCAUUGGCUAUUGCAUUGUUGAAGGAAGUACGCGUGCCUUGCACCUUUUGAAAUACACCGGCUGCGAGCUCCAAAGCUGCUACAACAGGCUGUACGACAACAUCUUGGAUCUGGCGGAAUACUUUCAUGGCGGCACAUGUGGUGGCUUGCUGCAUACCAGAGAUUUUUUGCUAUCCAGUGGCUUGUUCUGCUGGGGCCUGCUCGAUGAUCUGGGCACCCUUGUACUAUGGCUGAUUAUGCUGCUACCGCGGGCAGUUAUCGCCAUAUUCGACUAUAUACUGGCCUUUGUGGUGCACUCGAUUGUGGCCCGCGGCCUGGGUCUGUUCAACAGUCUGUUCCGGCUGUCGAUUGGCGUCGCCCUGCUGCUGGUUCUCUACAUGUUCCGGCGCUACGUCUACCUACUACUCAUCUACCUGCUGCAGCGGGCCCGCACAGAGAUCUCAGAGAAAACGCAGUGCGCUUAUCUGUGGACAGAACACCAGCUAAACCGCAUGUGGCGGAGUGGUUCCAAUAAGGCCAGCGAUGGCGUCACACCUAGUAGCGGGGGCUGUGUGGUGUGCAUGGAGCGUCGCACCAACAUUGUGAUCCUGCCCUGCCGCCAUCUAUGCCUGUGCGCCGAGUGUUCAGUGCAGAUGCAAAGGUACAUGGACUUGGGGGCUGCUUGCCCCAUCUGCCGAGAGUCCAUUGAUGCCUAUCUGCGCGUUUAUGUUUAAAGUGUUUGUUUUAUUUUGUAAAUUUUUAAGAGGAACCACCAAUCCCUGUACAUAAGACUGCUAGUUCGAAUAUCAAGCCACAGUUAAGACUAGUAUAAGUUACGAUAUAUCCAAAGAUAUAGCACAAACGACAAAACAAAUCCUAAAAUAAGACUCAGGAGAGCUGUCUGCAAUAUUAGGCUAGAAUAAGACAAAAAAAGACCAUACAUUAGCAAGUAAAUUGAUUUAGUUUUUCUUUUAUUUCAAAUCAAUUAAAAUAUACGAUUUGUGUUUGUAUACAUUUAUGUAAA